AUGGAACCAGUCAGAGAAGACGUACCUUCUUCCCAAGCGUGUGAGAAUGGGACACCGAAGACGCCAUACACAACAACGAUAUACAAUGAGCACAAUGAAAGAAUUAGAUUGAUUGAAGCCGAACGAGAAAGAAACAAAAGUAUUGUAAAAUGGCUUACCAAGACGUCAUUGCUGGAGUUGUGCGAAGAAAACAGCGUUGGUGAAUUUCACUUGGUUGAAGAAUGUCAGGAAGAGCAUUGCUUAAUUGCAAAACAAGUAUUUCGUUUGAUGACAGAUCUUGUACAGAAAUGCUCAGAAAUUGAUCCGAGAUUCGAGAGUAAACUUUUGUGGACAGGGAGUAGUGUAGAAGGAACGAAAAUGUGGUUACCUGACGAAUUUGACUUUUUAAUGGAGCUUGUGGGAUUGCGAGGAAACUGUGAAUACGAUAAUUCUUUUCUGUUUUUAUCAAAACUUUUUGUUAAAAAAAAAGAAUGUCGGGAAUUGUGGUUAAACCUUUGUCGUCAUAAAGAUUCACCUGCUCUUUCUCCCUUAAAGCUGAAGGAUCACUUCACAAUUUUGGUACGGAAAGCUGCUUCUCUCUUGGAUAAAAGCAAAUACCAGAAUAUUCGAUUUGAGGACGAGCCUUAUAUGAGGAAUG